CUUACCUGUCCGGCACAAUCUCCCCGGACUUUAAUUCCGGCGGUUUUUGAUCCGUGAAGAAACCCACCAGCUCGAGAUCCCAAAUCAUAUCUGACAAAAUCCCUUUCUGUGCUUCCCCGUAUACCAUUUGCCAAGAUGCAGUGUUUAUACAGCAGCCUCCGCAUAUUCUAUAGAACCCCAUUGGCGAAUUCACUAUGUACUUGUGUCCCUUGCUCCAAAUUAUUUGUUGACGGUCUCUUCUCUAAACCUUUUUAUCUUUUUUUUUUUUUGUAUUUUAUUUUAUAGGAGACAAAUUUGUGUAAGUUGAAAGCUUCCAUUUUUUUUUUUUCACUUUAUUCUCUCCACAACCAAAUGGUGGCAUUCUGCUUCCUGUAAUGGUUGAGGAAAUGUUUGAAAGAUAGUGUUUUUAUACUUUUAUUGAGUUGCUGUCGGCUUCCCAGUAAUCAGUAUUUGCUCUAGGUGGAAGAUGGAAUUUCUGCAAAGUGGUUCUCUUUCUUUUAGAGGUUAAUACAGUGAACUGUAUCCAUAGUUUAAAGGAGUAUAGUAUUUGUCUUGACAAGUUGAAACCUUUGCAUGCGCUGUUUCUGAUACAUUAAUGGGUAUGCUGCUUUCCAAGAAUUUAAAAAUUGAAAUGAAUUCAUGCAAGUCAUAUGUGACUGCACUAUUCCAUGAUGGUUCUAUCACCUUUCACCCAUAUAGUGAUAUAUGAUUGUAAUGUAAUCUUUUCAGCUGAAUUAUAUAAUUUAAAAUCCUUCAAGGAUUAUCAACAUGGAGCUGUAGAUAAAACCCUAUGGAAAACCAAAUUUGAAUCCUUGGAAGUUCCUAAUGACUUGGAUUCUAUCUGAUAAAAAAAUUGUGACUGAAGUCUUCUCAUCCAUUUCCUCCAAAGUUUCUUGUCAAUGAUAUGAUUUAAUUCUAGGGUUAAUGAUGAAGUUUGCAAGCGUUUGUUAUUGCAGGGCUUUCAUUUGAUACAAAUGAGACAGUUUUGAGGGAUGCUUUUCAAAAAUAUGGUGACAUAAUUGAAGUCAAAGUUAUAUGUCAUCAUGUGACCGGCAAAUCAAGAGGGUAUGGAUUUGUGAGGUUUGCAUCUGAAGUUGCAGCAAGGGCUGCUCAAAAAGAAAUGAAUGGUCAGGUGCUGGAUGGUAAAAAUAUUUUUGUGGAGUAUGCACACCACCAGGGUUGAGAAUUUAAAAUGAAGGGAUGAUAUAGCGAAAUGAUAGUUUUUGAGGCAGUCAAAUGAUUGGUGGAUUGCAUACCCGGCUCUCAACAGCAUUCCUUCUCGUGUUCUGGCUAGCUCUUCCAAUUCUAGCUCUUCACAAUUUACCUCAUUACAAGAAAAGAUUUAUGAUCCUUCAGAAAUCAGAAAUUAGUUAAACCGACAAUUGGUAAAAUCCAUGCCCCUGGAAUUACAGUGAGCCUUGUCCAUAAAGGGAGUCUGCAACGUUCUAGCAGCAUUUUCAUGCCCUUCCUUGGAAGCCAGUUGUGACCAGAAUUUUUCUAACUAAUUACUUGUAGAAGAUGGCACCUUUUUUUUCCUUAUAAUUGCUUGCUUUCAAUCAAAAGACUCGAUGGUUGGGUUUUGCAGUGUACUUCAUUCAUUUUCCUUUUCUCAUCAUAGCGAAUUGGAAAAUAAUUUGAUUGAAAGAAAGUUAGUUUUUAUGA